UUAGUCUCUAAUAACUUUCCUUUCCUCCACCUCUUCUUCCAACAAGUAAUCAUUUUGAUUUCCGUCCAUUUUUGUCUCCUUUUUCAACAUCCAUGUUAGGGAACAGAGCUCGACCGUUGAUCGGAAACUCGCCUGAAUCACUCGUUUCGAGCCACGUUUCAGGGUUUUGGGAUCCAUUAAAGAGCCCCAAGAGUCCAUUAGGUCUUAAAACCCCAUCACCAAGAGGUUCGAAGAGAUACGACGCCACCGGCGGUGUCGGACUUGGAAUCAUAGCUUCGUUGGAGAAAUCCACCCGAAGGUCGAUUCCGAGUCCGAGAAAUGCGAUCGCCGUCAACCAUGGUAACAAUAACGGUGUAUUCAAAGGAGGGUUUGAGGGUUUGGAGAUGGAGGAUUAUACUAUUGUGAUAACCCAUCAUGGACCUGGGAAAUCAUCUACAAAAAUGUACUUCCAUGAACAACAACUACAAGAACAACAACGAAGAAGAAGAAGUAAUCAUGUUUCUUUAGGGCAUGACAGAAAUGGGUUUCUCGGAGCUAUUAAGGAAACAUCAUCAACGGCUCGAUUUGUCGAAGAUGAUGAAUACCCGACGUCGGAUUUCCUCAGUUCUUGUCAUCUCUGCAAGAAAAAGUUGCAUGGCAAAGACAUAUUCAUGUACAGAGGGGAGAAAGCUUUCUGCAGUUCUGAGUGUAGGUCAACACAAAUAAUGGUGGAUGAGAGGAAAGAGCAAUGUAAAUCUGCAAAAAAUUCAAGGUUGGGUUAUGAUAAUAGUAGCUCUGGGCAAAUUUUAUGGACUGAGAUUUUUGCAAUUUAGAAUUUUUGAUAUAUU